AUGGAGCUUCCAGACGAGGAAAACGUUUGGGAUAGUGUUUUUGAGGAAAGGCAGUUGAGCGAAGUAGUACGGGAUCAAGGACCAAAUGAUCUCGAACGACCAGCAGCGCAUAAAGAACCAAUUGCUACCGAACAACCACUGGGGAAUAAGCUUGAGAAUCAGAAAGAUGAUGAUGAUGACGAAUAUAUUAGAAAAGUUCGUACAGCUGUAGAACAAUUCGAAAAGGCAGGCUUCUUCGAGGAUUUAGACGAUACUAAAAAGGGUUCAAAAACAAAAGCCAUGGUAUAUAAGCUAGCAGACGAGGUGAUAGCCCGACAUAAAGACAAACUCUUACGCAUAAGAGACCCAAAUUAUGAUAAGUGGUCUGAACCAUUAAAAACCCCCAUGAUAGAUAAAUAUCAUGAAAUCAAAGAAGAAUGGAGACGUGAGGAAACGAACCACGGUUCCAGUAGUUUAAACAACAGUUCAAUGACUACACAGAAUGUUACAUUUGCAUGGAGUUCAAAUGCUCAUCGACCGGAGCUGACCGCACCAAAGAAGCCUUUGGAACCGCAUUCCAAUAAGAAAUCAACAAAUGAAAUACUACGGAGUAAAGCAAUGAAAAGCGCUCAUGAAUUAAGAAGUAAGCAAAUUCUGCUCAAUAAACUGCGGGAUAAAAAUGAUAGAAACAAUCUGCCUUCACAGGAUGGUGAUGAUGUCAAGCCGAAAUUUAAAAUGGAUCCCUUGGAACCAUUUGUCGCCAAAGCUUUACCGAGAGAGAAGAAGAAGCGACCAAAGGAGAAAAGGAAGAGCAAAUUUUGGUUUUGGGGAUCCCUUACCCAUCAUACUGACGAAGGAAACCACAGAGACAAAGCUAGGUCGCCAGAGCUUGAAGAUUAUAAAAUUGGUGUUGUAUCACCGAAUUCGCGGUCCCCCACGUUAUCGAUUCCUUUCUCUGAUCCCGAUAACACUCAGACUAUUACCAAUAACGCAGUAUCGGACAACAUUAACCAUCACCUGUCGCUAAUAGACCUCGACGAUGACGAGGAACACUUAAAGUGUUCAACGCCACCGUUAAUACUGUGA